AUACAUAUUCCUACAUAUAAUACCUGCCCUGGGUAAUCAAAAAAAGUUUGAACCCUUACAUCGUCGCUUCAGUUACUGCAAGCACUUGGAGUGGUAAGUGCUCAUUCAUCAAGGUUCUUAUCUGUUACCUGUUUUUAUGCCGGAAUGGUGCACGACGGUGGAUCGAUCUCUUUAGACUCGGUGAAGGUACCACCAUUAUUGUCACUUUAGAGACAUCCAUACCAAGACGUCUUCAUCCAAUGUUUUCCUAUUGCUACCACUUCCUCCAUUUUGCCUGCAUGGAUUGACUUAUUCACAAUGUCUUCAUCCGACGCAGCUUCAUCUUUAUUAAGGGCCAGACAUAUUGUCUUCGGCCUCACAAUCGCCUUGGGGAGUGCAUGGUAUCUUCAUCGACGAAUGGCCAGGACCCGAGCCGACGGGCCCGAUUCGAAAGAUGCGGACGCCACAGACCCCGCGCUCUUUCGGAAGCACUCCAAAAUAGUGUCUUACACUGCUAGCCGGACUGGCAUUACCUAUCCCGGCAUCCGUGUCUUCUACCGUCGUCACCCGAAAGCAGAUGAGUUACCUCAAGAUCCAGCACCGCUUCCUUUGUUGGUGUUUAUCCACGGUCUUGGAGGAUCAAUCGCACAAUUUCACCCUCUUCUCACUAGUCUCGUGAACUCUGCCUCUUGCCUGGCUAUUGAUCUGCCAGGUUGCGGCCUCUCUCAGUUUGCGCCCACAUCUUGGGAUGCAUAUACGACGGAUGCCUUGACGGACUUGCUCGAGACCAUUAUUGAGGGAUACCGAGAGAAGGACCAGGGUCUCGUUUUAGUUGCUCAUAGCAUGGGGACUGCGAUUGCUGCUCGUAUUGCGAAUAGGCAAUCUGCAUUCUAUCUACGCCCCCCUUCCCACGUGAUGGGCUUAAUCGCAAUCUGCCCCGUAUCCGGUCCGCAGCCGCCAAGAGUAGUUCGCACUGUCCGCAUGCUUCUCUGGCUCCCGGACUUUAUUUUCAACCUUUGGCGGACUUGGGAUAAACGAGGCGGUCCUGAAAGCGCCAGCGUUAAGCGCUUUGUUGGCCCUGGAGGAGACCUUGAAGCGCGGCAGAUUCAGGACAGGUUUAAUAGCCAAAGUCGUACGCCAGUUUUCCGUCGGAUGGCAUGGGGAGCAUUGCCUACACAUUUUAUCGGUGAGAAGCCAAUCGGGGGCCUGUUUGGUGAACCCACAUGGGCUGGCCUCGAUAUUCCCAUUUUCCUAAUAGGUGGUGACAAUGAUGUUGUUACGCCUCCAAAAGAAAUUGAGAAAAUUCGGAGUCUUCUUGAAUCUUCGACGAAACCGGCUACAUUAUCCGGGGGUGCCACUUCCGACAAGUCCGAAUCAGUAUCUCCACAGGGCGUCCCCGAGAACCCUAGUGCUGAUUCAUCUAACGCCACUGAGUCAAGCGCAAUUGUAGAUGCCGCGGCCCCGGUGAGUACCUCAGGCACAUCACGAGACAUGCCGCAAUCGAUCGACGCUAUCACCGACGAGGAUUUUACACGGAAGCAGCAGCCAACGGCAAACGUUGAAGAUAAUUAUGAGGAUCCAACUACACCGAGGGAUCAGGAGUCGAUUGGCGGCAUCCCGCCCCAGCCUCGCCAUCCAAUAAAAGUGAUUAAAACCUCGUUAUUACCGGCCGGGCAUGCUCUGCUCUAUAUGCCGAACACAGUUCGCGUUUUAGCGGGGCUUAUAGGCGAUUUCAUGAAUGACCAUGUUACUGGCCGGUUUUCUCUGGGAUGGCAAUUGCAGCAUCUGUCUCGUGACGGAAAGUGGGAUGUCAAGAAUCUUGCCAAAUGGAAAAGCGUCAAACCUGUUAGUGAACCCAUUGGCGGCGUAUUCCGAGCCAUGAAGACUUUGCGAGAGAUCGACGAGGAACACUCUCCUAAAGUGUUCGCGGCCAAUUGGGGACACAUUAUCAGGGAUAUCAUCGACAUCAGCCACACGGACCCAGUUUACGACCCAAAGAGUUUCGGGGAGGGUAUCAAGUACCAUAAAUUUCCGACGGUAUCAAAAAUCCCGCCAACUGAGACCGAGGUAGCCAAUUUCAUCAAACUCGUAGACCGCAUUCGCGAGGACCAGAAGGAGCGUGCUGCUACGGAACCUGGUUGGAGUCCAGACCACGUCGUCGGCGUCCACUGCCACUACGGUUUCAACCGCACUGGCUACUUCGUCGUGUGUUACCUGGUCGAGCGCUGCGGAUACAACGUCCAGGAUGCGAUCGACGCUUUUGCGGCCGCGAGGCCUAACGGGAUUCGCCACUCGCAUUUCCUCGACCGCUUGUUUGUCAGGUACUCCCGCUUACACGAGUGAUCGCUUACCUACUUAGGCACUCGAGUACGAUUC